AAAAUACAAAAAAGUUACAGAAAAAUACAAAAAAGUUACAGAAAAAUACAAAAAAGUUACAAAAUUACAAAAAGUUUCCCCCAUCAGGCCUAAGCAACACCAUGGCUCUAUUAAAUACACUCCUGGUGGCUCUGUUAUCCACACUGUGUAUAUGGGUGUGGCCGGGUGGUGUGACUGUUGUGGCUUCCUCAACACAACGCAACCCACACGACCCCGCCUCACACCCUGUGGUAACUCGUACUAUCUGGAACCCGGAAUUAAGACGAGGAGAGAGUCGUAGUGGUGUUUAUAUAAGGUCUGGUGUGUCUUCUUUGUCCUUCUCCUCUUCUUUAUCUUCUGGUUUUCCUUCCCUCACAUCAGCUUCCACAACUUCUACCUUCUCUUCAUUAAAACAACCCUACCUCUUAUUCUCCUCUUCCUCCUCUUCAUUAAAACAACCUUUCCUCUCAUUCUCCUCCUCCUCCUCCUCUUCCUCUUCCUCUUCCUCCUCCUCCAACACCAGCUCAGAAGACAUCAUCAGUAUAGAGGAGAAAUGUAGUGUGAAACAACUGGAGAAUUCGUCCAAAAAACAAGAAUUCUACAUCAAUAACUACAUCAGUCCUCGCUACGACACCUCUACGGAAAACAUCACUAUCGGGUUCCUCUCAUCCUUCACCUACAACAAGCUGGCACUAGGAGCAUUACCCAUCGCUGUAGAAGCCGUCAACAACGACCCGACCCUCCUCCCUGGCAGAAGACUCCAGUAUGAGGUGGCUGACGUAGGCAACAGUAACCUGGAUGCCUUGGCGGCUUCCAUCAGGCGAAUGACCGCUAUGAGAGACGAGGGCCACUUAGCGUUCAUAGGACCUGAUGAUAACUGUGCUAACGAGGCCCUAGUUGCUGCUGCCUGGAACCUGCCAAUGAUUACCUAUAAGUGUGCUGAUCAGCGUGUGAGCAACAAGACUAAAUAUUACACCGUAGCCAGAACCAUGCCAGCCUCAACCAAGAUAGUGAAGGCUCUUAUCUCCCUCAUGAAAGCGUACAGUUGGCGUCAGUUCGUUCUACUUACGGAACACACCAGGAACUACCUCCAGAUCAAAGAGGCCGUCAAGAGCUUCGCGGAGCACCAUAGACUAAACAUCACUCAGGAGUAUAGUGUUCCCUAUGACUACACCACCAACCGCUACCACAUCAUGCAGGAGAUUGUACACAGCAGCCUACACGUGACCCGGGUGUACGUGUUAGUGGCGUCCUUUGAGGUACAGUGGGACUUCGUAUUGGCGUUAAGGGAGGCGGUAAUGGACGACCUGGAGGAGUACGCCAUUGUGACCAUUGAUGACGACAAGUACCUGGGCCUUAAUGGUACCCAGAUGAGAGUGCCAGGGAAGCAGAUAGUGACCAUGUCGGAGGAACUAGCUGAACGUCUUUACCUCGGCUUCAGGGCAGUAGUUAAAAUCACCCCAGCCUACCCGAACAACACCAAAUACAGGGAGUUUGAACAGAAGGUGUUGAACAGGAUCAAGAAACACCCCUUCUGUGUACCCUACAACCCACAGAUCUUUAAGUAUAUCACGGUACCUGUCACGAUCGCGCUGUACGACGCGGUAAUGAUGUAUGCUCAGGUGCUCAAUGAGACACUAGCUGACCCCAACGCUGACCCCGCUAAUGGGACUCACAUCAUUUCUCUUAUCAAAAACAGAUCCUUCCCUUCCAUCCAGGGCUUCAAGGUCCAUAUGGAUGAGAACGGAGAUGCAGAGGGGGCGUAUUCCCUAUUGGCUAUACGUAAACUAAACUCAGAACACAUUACUCCUAUGGGCUGGCACCAGAUGGGUCAGUUUAACUUCCACGAGACGACGAGCGGCACACAUGACAUGGAUAACCUCCCGACGCUGAACUUGACGGGGACCAUCAACUGGCUGGGGGGGUCGCCGCCCAGAGAUGCCCCCACUUGUGGAUUCGCCUCAGAGAAGUGUGACCCCGACUGGAGGUCUGUGGCUGUCGGUGUGGUGGUGUCCAUGGUGUUCGUGGUGGCUGCUCUCUUCCUCUUCAGGCACUACAGGUAUGAGCAUAAAUUAGCUUGUCUGCUGUGGAAGAUUGACAUGAGAGAGGUCAAGGUCAUUAAGACGGAACUACGCAGCCUUGACCACGGCAAUAACAACACGAUACAGGUGUACCGUCAGAGCCUCUUUGCUGGGGGUAGCGGGGAGGGGACCUCGGAGACCCCCAGGAUGGCCUACUGCAGGAUUGGUCUCUACAAGGGCAACAUCGUCGCUAUUAAACCCAUCAAGAAACGAUCGGUUGACCUGACCCGGAGUAUUAGGAAGGAGCUUAAACAGAUGCGCGAUGUCCGCCACGAGAACUUGCUGCCCUUCAUUGGCUCCUCAGUCGACACGGGAAACAUCUGUAUCCUGACCGCUUACUGUGCUCGAGGAUCACUUGAAGAUGUCCUCUCCAAUGAUGACCUCCUUCUUGAUAAUAUGUUCGUGGCUUCCCUCGUCGCCGAUCUGAUUAAGGGCAUGGUCUACCUCCACGACAGCGAGAUCGUCUCCCACGGGAACCUCCGCUCUAGUAACUGUCUCGUUGACUCCAGGUGGAUCCUUCAGGUGGCAGACUUCGGCCUUCACGAGUUUAAAGCCUCGCCAGAUCAGGUGGUAGAGGGGCGGAAGAAGCUGUGGGUGGCCCCGGAGCUACUGAGAGCUACUGGAGAACACCCGCGGGGGACGCAGAAGGGGGACGUCUUCUCCUUCGCCGUCAUCCUGUACGAGGUGGUGGGUCGAGCUGGACCUUGGGGGGACCUCCUGAAUAAGAUCUCUAUCCACGAGAUAAUAACCCAGGUCGCUGCAGGACAAGACCCGCCCUUAAGACCUCCCCUGGAUGAGCUCAAGACCCCAGAGUACGUACAGAGGUGCCUGAGGGAGUGCUGGACGGAAGACCCUGACGAGAGACCUGAUUUUAAAUUGGUUCGAGUCAGGCUGAAGGAAAUGCAGUCUGGCUUGAAGCUGAACAUCGUGGACAACAUGUUAGCUAUGAUGGAGAAGUACGCCUAUAACCUGGAGGGGAAGGUGCAGGAGCGGACCAAGCAACUCAUGGAGGAGAAGAAGAAGACAGAGAUACUACUACUGAGGAUGUUACCUAAGUCGGUGGCUGAGUCAUUAAAGAGAGGUGAACAAGGCCCUGAGAGCUACGACAACGUAACCAUUUACUUCAGCGAUAUUGUGGGCUUUACCUCUCUGUCGGCCGAAUCUACGCCCCUCCAGAUGGUCAACAUGCUUAACGAACUCUACACCUGUUUUGACGCCAUUAUCGGUGAUUAUGACAUAUACAAGGUAGAGACAAUAGGAGACGCAUAUAUGGUUGUGUCUGGUCUCCCAAUAUGUAACGGAGACCAGCAUGCGGCGGGAAUCGCGUCAAUGGCUCUCAAGUUGCUGUCCGCCGUCAAGCAGUUUACCAUCAGGCAUCGUCCAGGUGAUACGCUCAGGUUGAGGAUUGGCAUACAUUCAGGUGAGUUAGGGUGUGUUACAAGGUGUGUUAGGGGCCGUGUGCAGGUGGUGGGACUGACGAUGCCACUGCACUGUCUAUUUGGUGACACUGUAAACACCGCCUCAAGGAUGGAGUACGGGGAAGAACUGAGGAUCCACACCUCUAACGCCCAUAAGCUGAUGUUGGAUAAACUAGGUGGAUAUAUUGUACAGGAGAGAGGUCUUACUUAUGUCAAAGGCAAGGGACAGAUGAUGACGUGGUGGCUGGUAGGGGAGCAGCAGCCAGGGGUCAGGGGAGGACCUUCUUCCUCCCAACCCCCAGCAGUAAUCACCCCAGGGGCCUUAACACCCUCCCCACACACUCCACAUAAACACAACCCCACUACCCCUCUCCCCACCCCAACCAGCCGCUUCCCCACCACUCCUAUCCCGAUCAGCCGCUUCCCCACCACUCAUACUCCAACUACCUACUUCCCCACCUCCCCUACCCUAAUAUCCCACUUCCCCACCACUCAUACUCCAACUACCUACUUCCCCACCUCCCCUACUCUAAUAUCCCACUUCCCCACCACUCCUACCCCAAUCAGCCGCUUCCCCACCACUCAUACCCCAACCACACACUUCCCCACCUCCCCCACCACUCCCACUCCACCUUCCCCCACUCCCACCCCUCCCCCUCGCCUCCCUACUAUCGUCCUCAGUGCCACAGUGACAGCCCAAGAUAUCCUCAACAUUAUCAAGAGUGCCAAUGCCAGCGUCCUGAUUCCCGGUAACAGUGCCAUCGGUAGUGCCCUUCCUCCCGGUAAUAGUGCCACUGGUAAUGUCCUCGUUCCCUGUAAUAGUGCCACUGGUAAUGUCCUGAUUCCCGGUAACAGUGCCAUCGGUAGUGCCCUUCCUCCCGGUAAUAGUGCCACUGGUAAUGUCCUCGUUCCCGGUAAUAGUGCCACUGGUAAUGCCCUCGUUCCCGGUAAUAGUGCCAAUAACAGUACCCACAGUCCUGGUACCAUAAACAGCUUCAGUAACAGUGCUAACGGUAGUCUGGGGAAUAGUGCCACCUGUAGUCUCCAGAGUCUUGAUAACAGUGCCAUCAAUAUUGUCUACAGCCCCAGUAAGAGUGCCAACAGUGCCAACAGUGCCACCAUCAAAAUUAACAACUGUGGUGAUAAUCUUACCACACACAACCACAGUCCUCGUUCGUGUAGUCCAGUUCUUGCCCCCUCCUCACUCUUCACCACUACCCACAAUCUGACCCAUACUACCCACACGGCCCACGCCACAGUACCAUCAUUAUCUCACCACUGUGGUAGCCUGUCACCCCGAGUACCACACAGCCCAACUGGUAGUCAGAUUAUAUGUAAUAACACCUUCAUAGCUCCCAGUCCUUCUCUCACCUCUCACAAUACUCACAACAACCCUCAUAAUGUGAGUUAUUCUCCCGUAAAUAUGAGAAGCAGUGUUAUAGAUAAUACUCACAACCCGUCUAGUCUUCACAACUCUACCUCAUAUAACCCCACAACAACCUAUAACCCAUCCAUCAACAAGUCAUUAUCUUUUCUCGUUACAACUCAUCAUAACACCACCACUGCUGUCACCACAACUAACAACACCUGCUCAACAACCACCACAAUACCUGCUCAAAGUAUCUGCCUCAAUAACAGUCCCAGAACACCUGUCAGACACCUGCCUACCACCUCAACAGGCAUUAACAGAAGCAUCAACAGUAACUCCGGCAAUAACAACAUUAACGACAUUCUCAGUGAUACCAGCUGCAGUAGUAGUGACAGUACAUGCAGUAGAAUCCCCACCACCACCAGUAGAGUCCCCACCACCACCAGUAGAGUCCCCACCACCACCAACAGAGUCCCCACCACCACCAACAGAGUCCCCACCACCACCAACAGAGUCCCCACCACCACCAACAGAGUCUCCAACAUCACCAACACUCACCAACACGCGGGUCACGUUCAGAAGCUUGGUUAUAUCUUCAACACCGACGUUGGACCUGAGGAGAUGUUUACUGAACACGGAGGAGGAGGAGGAGGAGGAGAAAGAGGAAGAGAAGGAGGAAUAGGAGAAGAAAGAGGAGAAGGAGGCAGCAUAGAAGAAGACAGCGUGAAGACCUGUACCGUGCAUGAUCUUCACGCUGAAAACGACCCCUUCACGCACCCUUCCGACCCCCUCUCCAGCCCACCUUACACCUGCCUUGCGUCUCAGGUGAGUGACGGAGGGCUGCGACCCAUACCUGGAGGUGACUUUAAGGGCUAUGGUGGAGUCGAACCUGUAGGGGUAUCUGGAGGAGGAGGUGGAGGUGUAGCUACUGGAGUGUGUGGUGGAGUAGGAGGAGGAGGAGGACUUGCUCUAGGAGUGUCUGUAGGAGGAGUAACCACAGGAAUCCUACAGGAGUGCACCAACACCAUAGUCCAGGAGGUAAGGAGUGGUGGGGCAGCGGUCACUCACCACUUCCGUACCUCACCUGGCCUCUCACACAAGCAAGAGGCCGGUGAGAACUUCGUCUGAGGACGCGACCACCAUCCUGGAGGUCAUAUCCGAGGAAGACAAAUUGAUAGAAGCCAAACUGGUUAAAGUCAAAGUGGUGGACAAUAUAUUCUUAGUGAAGUCAAGUGGUGGACAAUAUAUUCUUAGUGAAGUCAAGUGGUGGACAAUAUAUUCUUAGUGAAGUCAAGUGAUGGACAAUAUAUUCUUAGUGAAGUCAAAUGAUGGACAAUAUAUUCUUAGUGAAGUCAAGUGAUGGACAAUAUAUUCUUAGUGAAGUCAAGUGAUGGACAAUAUAUUCUUAGUGAAGUCAAGUGAUGGACAAUAUAUUCUUAAUGAAGUCAAGUGGUGGACAAUAUAUUCUUAGUGAAGUCAAAUGAUGGACAAUAUAUUCUUAGUGAAGUCAAGUGAUGGACAAUAUAUUCUUAGUGAAGUCAAACUGAUGAUGUUCAGUCUUGGUGAAGUCAAAAUGAAGGAACUCAAUCAUCGUGAAGUCAAACUGAUGUCACUUACCCUCGAUGAAGUCAAACUAAUGGAAGUUAAUAUCAGUGAAACUAGACAAUACAAAGACAGGUGUUUGAACGCUUAAUGAACACCUGUGAACUUCCGAAAAUUGAACAAAAUUGAGGUGAACUUUUAUCUGUGAACUUAUGGGAACACCUGUGAACUUUUUUAAGGGUUAAGUGAACAGGAGCAUCCGUCAAGGGAACACCUGUGAACUUAUUUAAGGGUUAAGUGAACAGGAACAUCCGUCAAGUUAUUUAAGUCGAUAGAACCCGAUUUUAUGAACAUAUUGAACUGAUGUGAACAUAUAUUUAAGUACUGGAUGUUCAUUAUAAUCUUACGUGACUUAAGGUGAACAAUAACAAGGCAUUUUUGAACGUUCAAGAUCUUACACGAUGCUGAGUUAUGUGAACUUUUGAACUGAAUAACAGUAUUUGAACAGAAAAGUGAACAAAAAUUAACUUGUGAACUUAUGAGAGUAACAUUGUACCCGGAGACCAUAACAUUGUACCCGGAGACCAAAACAUUGUACCCGGAGACCAAAACAUUGUACCCGGAGACCAAAACAUUGUACCCGGAGACCACAUCAUUGUACCCGGAGACCAAAACAUUGUACCCGGAGACCACAACAUUGUACCCGGAGACCACAACAUUGUACCCGGAG